CCAGUGCGGCGUGUAGUAAAAUUCCACAAAAAAUUUGUGUACUUAUUUUUCUGCAAAAGGCAAACAAAAGCAAUUUUACUUGUAAAAUCAAUUAGCUUUCACGAAUGAGCAGAAAAUUCAUUGCAAUUCAGUUUUAUUGCGUGCAGUGCAUAAAAUUUGAAAAACGACAAAAAAAAAUUUAACAAGAAUUGAAGCAAAGCAACGCAGAAAAUUGGUGUAAAUGCAAAGUGUGUGAGAAUCUAACAAAAAGCAAUUAAGAUUUUAUUCGCGGCUGGUUUUCCAAUGUUUUCUGUCCCCUCACUCUUGGUGUUCGUAAAAUAUAAUCGUCAAAAUUAAUGUGGUUAAUAAAUUAAUAAUAAAAAAAACUCUAAUGUUAACAAAGUAACGUUGGAGCUAAUAGUGAAGAAAUAAAAAUUAAAUUAAUCAUGUAAACAAAAAAGUGAGACAGAGUAAAAAGAGAUAUUGUUUGUUCGCAAGAAGAAAAAAAAAAAGUAAAGAAAAACGCAUUAAUACACACCAAACACACAUACAAAGCGGUAAGCUGGAAAAAAUUAGUGGAAAGCGGAAGAACGUGAAACAAACCAGAGAAAUGCGCUAGUCGAGGCUUAUCUAUUAUUGUUGUUGGCCCCACAAAAUGUUUAAUGCUUGCCUGCACACCGUCUAACAACUGCCCUAACUUCAGUUAAACAGCCAUUAAUUUACUUGCCGUACCUGGAAACGUGGAACGCCUCUCGCCUGCUCAGCUUCCGUAGUGCAUACAUAUAUAUGCAUAUAUGUACAUGUGUUUACAUGCCAUUUAUUUGGGUUUAAAUAACUACAACAAAGAAUUAAGAAAAAAAAUAUUGUAAAUUUAUAAUUUGCAAGCGGAAUUCGCAAUUGUCAUCAGUCAGCUUAAAACAGCGCACUAUCCAUUACAAAUUUGUGAACGAAAGGAAUUUUGCGGCUUCCGCACUCAAUGCCAUUGCAAGCCUAGCGUUUUUAAAGCUUGUAAUCAACGCUGCAAUAAAUCUAAAAAACGCCAUUGCUCUCCGUUAAAGUUUUUGUAAAAAGUAAUCUCUUGAUUAGUAGAUAUGUAUUAAAUAAAAAUAAUAACACAGUGUUUGUUCGUGUAAAUGUCAGUUUCAAAGUGUUGCAAAAAAUAUUAAUUAGCAAAAGUAGUAAUUGUGUGUAUAUAUAAUUAAAGAAAUUAAAAAGUUCAUAAAAUCAAAUAUUAAUAUCCAUUAUCCAUUAAUUUAUUGCAUAAAAAAUCAAUUACAAGUAUUUUAACGCAUUUAAUCGCAUUAUCGCAAAUCGUUGACGUGUCGCGCGUGCUCGUUUUUUACUGUUGCCGUUGGAAAUUUUCAUUAAUUGUAUGGCAAUUUGUUGAAUGGCGGCCAUUGUUGGCCCCAAAAGGCAAACCGUAAACGGUAUAAGGGUCAAUCCCAAUCCCAAUCAUAGUUAUAAUCACAUUAGCGGUCGUGUUCAUAGUCGCACUGGUGGCAUAAGCGCUAACAACAUCAGUCGGUAUAACAUCAGCUCCAGCGCCAGCGCCAGCACCAGCUCCAAACAGUUUAGUCAUACGGCAGUAGUGCCCGUCGCUGCACCCACGUCGCGUCCUCGUUCGCAUAUUUCGAUGAGCGUAUCAAUGUCACUGGUACAAGGAGGAGCUGCUGGCGGUGCCCCACAAGGUGCCAUUUUAGCUGCUGCAGCACCAUAUUACCAGCCACCCGCUGUGCCACAGGAUGUUCAGCCGGAUCGUCCAAUUGGCUAUGGUGCUUUCGGAGUUGUAUGGUGAGUAAAAUAUGGAAAAUUAUUAUUUGUAAUACUUGGUUUGUAAUUGUAAAGAAAUUUCCCUAAUU